CCAAUCAAGUGCAACAUGCAAAAGCUUGGAUCAUGUGCAAUGACUUCUGAGCAGAUUCCAAAAGAAAGAAAAUUCAUAAACAAAGUCCAUGGAAGACCAAGAAAUUUAUAGUGGUGGCCAUUUAGUGGAGAACUGAUAAGAAGACACAGAAAACUAUAAAAUCCAUUCUUUUGGAUAAUAACUUAAACAGAUCAUUGCUAGAAAAUUUUUGGGCACCAGAUUUGGACAUCCAUUGAAAUAGAAAACCAUUUUGAAUUUCUUCUCCUUCUAUGCCUCUUCUUCCUCUGAUUCCUCUUUAAAAUCAAUAUUCACAAUCUCUGUUUGCUGUUUCGUUGGAUUUUCUCUUUUCAAGAGUCGAAGUAAAGCCGAAUUGGACAACCCUAAGCGUAAUCCAGAGGCUGUUCGGUCGAGCUACCGCCGACCGUCUCCGUCAAAACGACAACGCUUUUGGAAUCCGGAGCGCUAAGCUACGUUCGAGUACUUUAUGAAGCCUGAAGGAGUUAUAAGUUAACGUAAAGCUUAAUCACCUUACCACCGUCUCACGAAGCGCUACACUACACAAUAGCGGAGACAGUAAGAUGGCCGCUAACAACCCCGAUGCGUCCGCUGACCUCUCUCAGGAGACCCCGAAGAACACUCGCGUCCCCUCCCGAGGAUCUGCAGCUGCAAUUGCUCCUCAGACACCGUCUAUCGGUGCUAGGAAGACAGAAGCAACAACCCCUCCUCAUCUCUUUACGGCAUUUGAAGUCGCCUCUGAAGAGGAAGUUGUCGUUGGGAACCCAAAACUAGUUUUCUCUUGUAAGCAAGAGGGAGUUCUUGGAGUGUUCUUUGAUCGCGACGACUCCGUAGUUGACCCCACCCCGAUCAUCAUCAAUGGGAACAACAUGCGCAAUGCUGUCAUUGCCACUCUUACUACAGUGCUGACCAGAGCUCUGAAAGACUUUGGAGUCACUUCAGUCCACACUAUGGCACUGGAGACCGCUGCUACACUCGCCAAUGGCGUUAUGAUUGCAACAUUUCUGAAGCUUCGUUCUGUCGGCUACCUUAACUCAUCUCUGAUGAGUCGAUUCUACGUAGUGCCGAGGACCCCGCAGCCUUUUGAGCUGCCUCUUCCUUAUGCACUGGCUAUUUCUCAGCUUGGCGCUGUCAAAACCCAUGGCUCUCCUCAAGAAGGAUAUUACUGUCCUACCAUUCCUGCUACGACAAGCAAUUUCCUACUACCAGCAGGUAUAUCUUGGAAUCCGCCCGCCUACAGCCGCGCUGUUGAAUAUGCUAAAUCUAUAGGGCUGAAGUUUACACAACCAGACCUAGACGUACAGAUGGCCUCUACCUGGUGGCUUUACCGCCCCGUUUUGACCGGACUGCACUUCUGCUUGGAGUGUCCUUUACCAGAAGAGAACUUUACGCUCAAUACUGCCGUAUUGCGUACCUUGUUUUGCAACGACGCCUCUGGUGGAUUUAUGGUGAACCUCUUUGACCUGACACCUGUUGGUACUGACACGUAUGGUUCCAUGCUUCGCAAUCCACAAUACGAAGUUGAUGUGACGACGUACUACGCCAUCGAGGAUGCUGGAGUCAAUUUGUAUUCCCUGGGCUAGUUAGGACCUCUGUUUUAGUAAUGUUUAACAAGUUUGACUCUAGUUCACGAUAAUGCGUCUUUCCAGCAAAAGUUUGUAGACUCUUUUGUUAUGAAUGAAAUUUAUUUAAUGUUUUGACUUGGAAACUAAAA